ACAAAAACAUUUUUUUGCAAAGUCUGCAUGGCUGUCUCCAGAAAUGAGCAUGAGAGGGAAGUGAUGAGGGAGAGAGGCCUUGGGGGCUGCUGAGCAUACUCCCCUUCUGUUCCAAGUCUGGCAGGAGAAAUGAAGGAGGAGGACCAAGGAGCAGGAAGCUGAAGUCUUUAGUCAGAGAGACAGGAGGAAGAGCAAGUGUGCAAUAAAUUCAGUGAGGCAGAAGGAAUCAAGAUGGGAAGCAUUCAUCAUAAUGUUCACAGAAUCCCGUAGACGGCAUGGUAAUAAUCAAGCUUACAGUUUCCUCGCUUGUGACUUAUUCAUUCGCCAUGCCCAAACUCGUUCUGGACACAAGAGCCUGAUGCCAGAUGGCCAAGCUGACAUGGAGGCUCAGUAUGCAGAAGAGACCCCAGGACCUGGGAUCAUCAAAGCAAAGCCAGGAGACCCACUGCAGAGGCCGGAGGCCCGGCAGCAACCCUGCUCUCCGCUGGGGUGCUGGUGCUCAGGGCGGCGCUGCUAUGUGGGGCUGGGGGCCCUGGCACUGCUGGCUGGUGCGAGUGUCGGCGUGUGGCUUCUUGUGCUGUAUCUGUGGCCAGCAGCCUCUCAGCCUACUCCCGGGACCUUGCAGGAUGAGGAGAUGCCUUUGGGUUGCUCUGAGGCCAGCGGUCAGGAAGCCCUGCUCCCCUUGCUCCCCAGAACAGUAUCUUUCAGGAUAAACACGGAGGACUUGCUGGAAGUGCAGGUGAGGGCACGGCCAGACUGGCUCCUGGUCUGCUACGAGGGCUGGAGCUCCGCCCUGGGUUUGAGGAUCUGUCAGAACCUCGGGCAUCUCAGACUCACUCACCACAAGGGAGUGAACCUGUCUGACAUCAAGCUCAACAGCUCCCAGGGGUUUGCGUGGCUCUCUCCCAGAUUGGAAGGCCUCCUGGAGGAGGUGUGGCAGCCCAGGGACAGCUGUGCUUCUGGCCUAAUCGUUUCCCUCAGAUGCUCUGAGUGUGGGGCGAGGCCCCUGGCCUCCCGGAUAGUCGGCGGGCAGGCCGUGGCUCCUGGGAGCUGGCCCUGGCAGGCCAGUGUGGCCCUGGGCUCCCGGCACACGUGCGGGGGCUCUGUGCUGGCCCCGCGCUGGGUGGUGACCGCUGCACACUGCAUGCACAGUUUUAGGCUAUUCCGCUUGUCCAGCUGGCGGGUGCAUGCCGGGCUGGUCAGCCACAGUGCCGUCAGGCCCCACCAGGGGGCUGUGGUGGAGAGGAUCAUCCCUCACCCUCUCUACAGCACCCAGAAUCAUGACUACGACAUCGCUCUGCUGCGGCUCCGGACACCACUCAACUUCUCAGACACAGUGGGUGCUGUGUGCCUGCCAGCUGAGAAGCAAGAUUUUCCAAGGGGCUCUCAUUGCUGGGUGUCUGGCUGGGGCCACACGGACCCCAGCCACACCCACAACUCAGAUACGCUUCAGGACACCAUGGUGCCUCUGCUCAACGCCCAGCUCUGCAACAGCUCUUGCAUGUAUAGCGGGGCGCUCACCCCCCGCAUGCUGUGUGCCGGCUACAUGGACGGGAGGGCUGAUGCAUGCCAGGGGGAUAGCGGGGGACCCCUGGUGUGCCCAGAUGGGGACACAUGGCACCUGGUGGGGGUGGUCAGCUGGGGCCGUGGCUGUGCGGAGCCCAAUCACCCGGGUGUCUACGCCAAGGUUGCUGAGUUCCUGGACUGGAUCCAUGACACGGCGAGGGUUCACUAGAUGGAGGAGAAGCAGCACCCUCAAAUGCAGAAGGCACGGACCUCCUAUCACACCAGACAGUCACCAGCUGCGGGCCAGUCCCUGGAGCUGGGCCUCAUUUGGAGUCCCUGUUCCUCAACAGAGAGCCUCAGUAACAGGAGAGUGGGUGGGGCUGGGCUGGGCAGGUGGGGGAGCUGGGGGGUGUGGGAAUGGAGUCGGAGAGGAAGAGGCUGCUGGCAGCAGCUGGGUGCCUGCCCUUCUGCCCUCUUCCCUCCCCAGCUCUUGUGCACAUCUUUUGAGAGGAUGCUCAGGGAUGCCCUGGGACCACCUCUCUAUGUGCUCUCAGGCAGGGGCAGGUGCCUCCCUAGAGGAGCCACUGGCCCUGUGGCUUCUGGGCAGAUGGGGUCAAGGCAGGGCCGAGCCCAUGGAGACAGGAUCUUCCCCAUUCAGUCCUCUCACCCACUGUCUCUUCUCACCUGGCUCUGGCUGGCCCUGCUGAGGUGGGGGGGGGGGGGCACUGCAAGAGCACUCUGGUUGGUGCUGGGUAAGGGUGUUGGCUUUAAAAUGACAGUUCUGUGAACUGGUCUAAGGAGCACUGUUAUUAAAGUGAAGUGAUGUACA